AUGGGUUCCGAUCCCCAAUAUGCGAAAUGGCCUCUGCUGCCUUUAGCUCAGCAUGUCUUUACCCUCACCAAUCCGUCAUCCUCCAAAACAAGCCAACAGACAUCCUUAAAAAGCCUCCAAGAUGCAAUCACCGAGCAUAAGAUGGCAUCGUUCUAUCGGUAUUUGGCGCACCCUAUAGAAGGUAUCCUGAACGGCACCGGGGAGAGUACUUCACAGUCUGCGCAACCGAUUGGAAGGAAACCAAGUGCGGCUGGUAUUGUGGCAAGUAGGAACUCGAUACCAAAGGUUAACAUGCCCUGGGACGAGGCUGUGUAUGAACAGCUCAAGAAGGAGAAUGAUGAGGAGCUUGAGAGUUUUAGCAAGGAGGAAGAGGAGGCGGCGGAAAAGGCUGGGGAUACAGAAGUACAAGCUGCAAGAGGAAAGCGAGCAGAGUUUUGGGCUCGGGUCGGGGACAAGGACCGUGCGAUUGCGGCAUACGAAGAAGUAUUCGAAAAGACCGGCAUCUUGGGGACGAAGAUUGACCUUGUGCUCGCUAUUAUCCGGAUAGGGCUAUUCUACGGGGACAAAUUGCUAGUUAAGAAACAAGUCGAUCGUGCGAAGGCUUUAGUAGAGAGCGGAGGAGACUGGGACCGAAGAAACCGAUUAAAGGCGUACCACGGACUCUACUUACUCACCACACGAUCAUACAACCUUGCCGCUCCCCUGCUUCUUGACAGUCUCUCGACCUUCACCAGUUACGAGCUUUGUAGCUAUUCAUCACUUGUCGUAUAUGCUGUCCUGGCCGGAUCUGUUUCGCUCAAGCGCGUGGAUUUUAAAUCCAAAGUCGUUGAUGCGCCAGAGAUCAAGGCAAUCCUGGGCGAUGGUGAGGAUAAGCUUUUGGCCAUUUCAGGUGCCAUAUCAGCCGGUCCAGGAGCCGAUGAGGAGAUGAAAGAUGUGUCUACCGCGACACCGGCCGGUGCCAAAACAGCAGUUAACCUCACCACCCUUGGAAGCGAGCAAUCCGAUUCUGAAAUUGCCAUCGAUUUCUCCCCACUUGCGCAACUGGUUGGUAGUCUCUAUACUGGGAGUUAUCGUUCCUUCUUCGGUGCUCUAGCAGCUGUGGAGGUCAACUUUUUGACCCAGGAUAGGUAUCUUUAUGAGCACCGAGGAUGGUUCGUCCGAGAGAUGCGUCUCCGUGCUUAUCAACAAUUGCUCCAAAGUUACCGUGUUGUGGGCCUUGAGAGCAUGGCCAACGACUUCGGCGUUUCCGUAGAUUUCCUAGACCGCGAUCUUGCCAAGUUCAUCGCGGCGGAUAGAAUCCCUUGCACAAUUGACCGUGUCACUGGCAAAGGAAUUAUCGAAACCAACAGACCAGAUUCCAAGAACAAGCAAUAUAACGAUGUGGUGAAGCAAGGCGAUCAACUCAUCACCAAGUUACAGAAGUAUGGUCAGGCGGUGAGAUUGAGAGGGAGCGAGAGAGCAUAG